AUGGCCAAGCGGGCCAGGAAGCAAGCGAAUCCCACCUCUCCAUCUCGAGGCUCUGGGGAUGGCGGAGACACUUCGCAGGACAAGAGACAGAGGGCGAGCGACGUCACAGGCGCAGGGUCAGUUCAGGCGCAGAGCUCAGCUGCAGACGGAGGAGAGGAGCAGGGGGCAUUUGGCAAAAUCAGGGUCUCACUAGCAGACGCUAAGACCUACACCGAGGAGGGCAUCGACGCUAUUGUCGAGACCGCCAUCGCCCGGGUGAGGAAGUGGCAAGAGAAGAAGAAGGCGGCGCUGCGCAAGCACAGAGAUGAUCCAGGCGGCGUUGCGAUAGCAAUGGCGCAUACAGACCCGCAGGAUGAUGCCGAUCGUCAGCCGCCAAGCUUCGAGGAGUUGACUAAAGCGUUACUUGCACCGCCUGUGUGCGUGGCAGUGCGGCCGCAGGUGAGCGGCCUCCCACCCUUGAGGAAGGUGCAGAGCGCGGUGGCCAAUGAGGAUGGCGAGCUCGGAGCGUCGGCCCCGGCGCUGACCGCUGCCGCCUCGCCGUCGCCGCCGCAGCCCGAGGGCCGCGAGGAUGCGGGGUCGGAGAACCAGACCGAGCAGCUCGCUGUCGAGUCCUCGGUCGGCGCGCCAGCCCCAGCGCCCCCAGCCUCGGCGGUCCGUGGCGCCUGCGAGCGCGAACCAGCGUCGCCCAGCGUCCUCGGGGAUGACGACGACGCGGUCGGCGCCAUCGCGGCGGUGGGCGGCAGCUUGGCCGACGCCUUGGGCGCGGACUUCGGCGACUCCAAGAGCUGCAUGGGGGACGAGGAGGGCGGCGCCGAUGACGAUCACUGCCAGGUCGACGACCCGCUGGAGCGGGAGGCUGGCGCCGAGGGCGACGAGGACGCCGUGCAGAUCAUCGGGGAGUCCUUCUCCACGCCCCGGAGGAAGCUGCGACCCCACGUGAGCGCGUGCUCAGAGUUUGAGCCUCGGAAUCUGGCCGAGCACAUGGUGCGCCGCUGGCUCACGGAGCUCGGCCCUGAAGUCGAAAUCGAUUGCAUCAACGGCUUGAGGAGCUUCGCUUCCAAGGUCCCGGAGGGCAUUGCCGCGCGCUGGAGUUUGUUCGCAGGUAGCGGGGUGGGGACGCAUUUCUACUCGGCGCUGCAGACCGUGUUGAACAGGGAGUUCGGAAUCGAAGUGGUAUUCGACACGACGGUGUACAGCGAGCUCAACCCAGAGAAGCAGCAGCACAUCAUGGACCAGUUCAGCCCUCGCUUCUUGGUCGGGGACGUGAAGAAGCUCAAAUCUCCUUCGAGUGACAACGACGCCCGCGGCGGCACCGAGGAGCUAUUGCCGUGGUGCUUCAUUUUAGACGCCGGGCCGCCUUGCACUUCGAGGACGCCGUUGUCGUGCCGGCGGGCUGCCAACCUUGGCUGCGUCCAGGAGAGCCGCGAGGCGACGGGCGUCGGUUUCAAUGAGACCCUCAGCGUCAUCAAGCAGCAUUGGCCGACUAUCGUUCACUUGGAGUGCGUUAAGGAAUUGAAUCAGGAGGGUGGCGUUCAGCAGGAUUCGGAUGCUUCUUGGGUUACCAGCGAGCUGAAGAAGAUGGGGUACUGGGCUCACCACGGCACGCUUGACUCCUGCGACUUCGGGGCUUACCCGCGGCGCGUGCGGACGUAUUGGACUGGAAUGCUGCACAUGAAAGGUUCGCCGGAUGAGAUCGCUCACCAUUUCAAUCGAGUGCUGGUGGCGUGCAGGCUGCCCAACGCCAGCGAUGCCGACAACCCGAAAACCUGGCCGUGUAUUGAAACCAACGACGAGUUUCUCAAGCGCAUGUCGACAGUCUCUGGGAUCCCACUGUGGUCCGACUUCGGCGUUGGCAGGGAGAGCAAGUCGAAGAAGGAUGAUCCGAAUUGGAAGCACGAGCACAGGGAGAUCUUCCAGGCGAAUGGCAUUCAGUGGCCUUUUGACCAUGCGGCGCCGCCCGUUGGCGGCGAUGUCAUCCAUAGGUCGGGAAUGCUGCCUCGCGAGUUCGAGCUCGCAGUUAUGUCGCACGUCCUCUUCCCGAUGGCGAUCGGCACCCAGAUGGAGUUCUUCGACGUGAACCAGAGCACGCAGCGGACCAUCAAGCGGCACCUGGACGAGGACACUUACCGCCCGAAAAGUGUUACUGGUGAUGCUGUUGCGCCGUCGCCGUGGUCAUCGAGGCCCCCGACAUUGGUUGGCAGCAUGACGAUGAUCGUGCGGUACCGCAGCAGUGGCGUCGUCCAUGUCAGGGCGGUUGAGCCGAUCGAGCUCUUCACGAUGAUCGGCUGGGACGCCGCGAUGUGGAAGCGCAGGAAUGACCAAACCAAGGAUUUCAGCUACCUCGACAUGAUCUCGAACAUGGCGGGCAAUGCGUAUUCGCUCUUCCACCUGGGCCCGUGGGCGAUCGCAAGUCUUUCGACGUUCGGCCGAUUCUAUGAGCCGAGCCCGUAUGCAGCCCAGGGCGACAGUGGCGCCCCGGAUGAGGGGGGCGCUGAAGAUGUUGUCGAUUCCAGCGACGUUUCGGCCAGCAGCGACUGA